CACAAUUACGCGUUGCCCAGGCUGUGAACGUCCCAACCUUCUAAAAAAAACUCUUGUCUGUCCACCGAUCUCUCACCCCCUCCUAACUACAUUCCAGCAAUAUUCCCCUUCCUCGUUCAUUCUCGGUUUACACUCGUUCACUUUUCAUGUGUCCUAUUCCUUCAGAAUCCGUCUGCCAAGUUGGCGGUUGUAGUUUUUUUUAAGCGCCCACUUUAAGCGGCAUCUGCGGAAUCACGUGCGGCUUCGACGAAGGAUCAGCAAGGGGUUAGUACUAUUGAUCGAGUGUGCCAGUGCUCCAGUCUCGGCUCCUAGUCCAGCCCUGCCUCACGGGAGAAUAAGGAAGUGCCCCCAUCAACAUUGAUCUGUAAAACAACUCCUGAAAGCGAAGGGUUACUUGGAAUUAUACUCUCAUUAAUUAAGAACCUCGUAUCAUUCUUGGAGCUGUAAGGUUGAUUACCUGAGCUCUGUUCUUCAAAUACUUAUAGACGCAAGGAUCGUCAUCAAACAUUAACCAUGUUCAAAACGAAUUCUUUACGAGCCAGCCCACGGCUUCUGGUGAUCUUGGGAUUAUGUAUACUGCCUGUUUCAGUUCUUGGCCAAUUCUGGCAAGGGAAUACCGAUGGAGAGUACGCAAACCUUGAUCAGGACUAUCCCAAUAAUUACAAUAAUUACCACUAUCCCCAGUACCAAGGUAUGGGGCCCUAUGGCCAGCAACAGCAGCAGCCGCAGGGUCAGGCCACCGUGAGCUCCAAUGCAGAUUCCGAUGAGGAUUUAGACCCAGAGGAUGUUGCCUUCAUGAAGACAUACAUGCAAAAGUUUGAGUACACGAGCUCAACGAGAGGGGUAGAGGACCCCGAGGAGACCCGGAUUGCCAUCAUGAGACUGCAGAAGAUGGCUGGCCUCACACCUACAGGUAUGUUCAACAACGAGACCAUAGCCAGGAUCAGGAACAGCAAGAGAUGCGGGAACUCAGACAAGCCAGUGGAUACAAAUGAGAUGAGGAGGAGGAGAUAUGCCAUACAACAUGGAUGGUCAAAGAGGAAAAUUACUUGGGCAGUAAAGAACUAUACGCCUGAUAUGCAACGAGCGACCACCACCCGCGUGCUCGUCACCUCCUUCCAAGUCUGGAGCGACGUCGCCAUGCUCGAAUUCCAGCAGACCAAAUUCCCAAGAGCCGACAUCCUCGUCCAGUUCGCCAGAGGAAAUCACGGUGACGGAUACGCUUUCGAUGGACAGGGCGGAACCCUCGCCCAUGCCUACUUCCCUGGUGACGGCAUCGGUGGCGAUGUCCAUUUCGACGAGGACGAGUCGUUUACUGAUGAAACCAUGCGUGGUACCAACUUAUUUAUUGUAGCUGCCCACGAAAUCGGCCACAGUCUUGGCUUGGCCCAUUCUGACGUCAGUAGCUCGUUGAUGGCGCCCUACUACCAAGGAUAUCAGUCCAGUUUCUCGCUCCAUACUGAUGAUAUCAAGGGCAUCCGGAGUCUGUACGGGGCCCGAAACCAGCCUCCCAACCGACCCCGCCCCCCUCCAGGCAAACCCACCAUACCCAACAAAGGUCCCAAGGAUAGAUCCAUCUGCAAUGCACGUAUCAACACCGUGGCCUAUGGAACAAUCGCUGGACAACCGACACCCACUCUAUACAUCUUCAGUGGAGAGCAAUUCUGGGUAAAGCGAGGAAACGAUGCUGUAUCAAACGCCCUCCAGACGGAGUCAGUCUUUGUUGAUAUGCAGGAUAUACCUGAUGCAGCAUUUAUUCGAACAUUCAGAGGACAAAAGAGAAUGGUCUUCUUUUCAGGAAGUAAAAUAUGGGAAUUUUCACAAGGUGUGUACCAGCCUCGAAACAUAUUGGAACGUACAGGAAUUAGGACCAACAAAAUCGACGCAGCGUUCAAAUGGGCCAGGAACAACAAAAUAUACUUGUUUUCAAGAGGACUUUACUGGCGACUCGAUGAGAAUACAAUGAGAGCUGAAUCGGGCUAUCCAAGGGUCAUCAAGGAUAACUGGAGAGGAAGACCUGGACCUUUCAACGCCGUCUGGACGGAGAAUAAAGAUCGCACAAGUUAUUUUCUUAUCGGAGGGCAAGUGAGUACAUUUAAGGAUAACGAAGUUUAUUUCGUCACCCCUAAGAAAAGCUUCGCUUCUGAUUGGCUCAUGUGCGGACAAAACAUUGGAUCAGGCACCAACGCACCAAUCACAGUCUCCGGUACACUUCUCCUCGCAUCGACUUUAGCAGCAAUGAAAGGCAUGCUAUAAUUGGACAAAAGUUUCUCUCCCCACCAUAAAUGUGGUUCUCCGAUUGUUAAAAAUUUGGACUUAAUGUUGUGUCUGUUUGAUCUCUUAGCAAAUCACCGUAACCGGACAGUAGUCUUAAAGUUUUUGAUAUUUUUCACCACAAAAAUAUAGUGCAAUAUUAGAAAUUAAACCAUUUGAAUAUGGUUUAAUAAUCAAUUCAAUCAAUCGGCUGUCUUUCAGUUUUCCAUAUUUUAACCUCAAAAUAUACAUAGUGCAAUAUUUGAAAUUUUAAAGUUAAACUCUUUGAUAUCAAGGUAUCAACGGUGAUCUUCUUCGUUUAGGAUCAAAAUAAAACUUACAUUGGAGGGAGGGUCUAUCUUUGGGGGCAUUUACCCCCUCCCCGAGAUUAAGGAUUCUUGGUGUACUCUGCUUCCAAGAUUUUGAUGUCUGCCCCUAUAAUUAUAGCUCCUGCCAAAAUAUUCAAUUGACAUCUAUAAUGUGAAAUAUCCAUGAUCUUGGGAUUUACCAUACUGGUGUGCCAUAAGAAUUGUGACCAAGAACCGCAUGCCCAUCAAAAAACCACCAAUAAGUCGCCAAAAUUUAAAUUAAUCCAUCAAGCUCAAAAUCAGACAAACAAAACACUGCUAAAAAACAACUAAUAGAUAUUUCGGAGCCUCCAAAAUUUGAAAUUGCAUAGAAGAAACUAUAAUAUUUUAGGACAUUAUUAAAAAGAAAACCCUGAAAUUUGACCAACCUGACCAAAUACACCUAUUAAGCUCUAAUUGAAAAAAAAAUUUAAAACCAUGCAACUGUUUUGUGGUUUUGUGGUUCCCGGUCGCAAUAAUUGUUACACAAAUUAUCAUACUUCAUUCCUUAGUUUUUUCCUCUAAUCAUCACAAUCUUUUUUUUUAAGGACUUGGGGUUUGAAUGUUGUUGUUUUUAUAAUUAUUUUGUUUGUGAUCGGUUUCGUUUAAGUAUGUAUCUUUUAAUCUAUUAUAUAGAUUAUGCUGACGUGUUCCUAAGUUGUUCAUGUACAGCUUUGUCAAUAAUAUUGUAUAUUAUUUUAUAUUUAUGUUUUAUAAGCCUUAUAGACGUCGAUACAAUUUUAUUAUAUUAUCAAAGUACGCUAGGAUUGAGAUGAUUUGUUUUUCUAAAACUUAAUGAAUGAAAAUGGUUUUACUAAUGAGCCCAAGCCAGUGCGAUACCUCUGUUGGAUAGAGGUAUAAGGCUAUUCUCCUUAAUAAGCAUCAUCGUUCAUAGUAGCUGUUCCUAAUGCCAUUGAAUAUAGUAUUAUCUGGCGUCACAUGCAUAUUCACAGUCUUCAAAACUUAAAUAAGUAGGAACUCUAAAAUGUAUACUAGCUAUAUUUAGAAAUGAUUAUGAUAUUCAUAUGAAGUUUUUUAAAUCGCAUCCAAAUGCACGUAACUUGCGAAGUACACAUGACGAGCUGCUUCAAAAGCUACCUCACACAAAAACAAAAGUAACUCUUGGAGAUUGCGCUUUCUGUUGCUGUCUUCAAGUUUUGUUGAAGACACACUUGUUUUCAGAAGCUUUUGAAUAGUUUUGUGUGUGCGUGUUUGUAAAGUAGCACUGUUAGGAGUUUUGUUUUCAUCACAGCACAGUAGAUUAUAUUUAUAUAGUAGCUGAGCUAUAUAAAAUUUGAUCUAAUUAUCAUUAUUAUUAUGAGUAAGAAUAUUCACUAAUGAAAAGCAUAGAGUUUAUUUAAGAUCAUCUCUUUUUUUCUUCAUGAAUCUGUUUAGUACUUGUUUACAUUAAUCAACGUGUAUAGUAUAAUCUGCUAUUUGUGGACGUAGUCAAAUUGUGUGUACAUAGUUUCUCAUGCUAAACAAACUAAAUGCGCUUUCUAAAACCGAGGGAAUAUUAUUAUUAUUUAAAAUAUUACAAAUUGUAAUGGUCGUAAUACAACACCAAAUCAAGAAUGACUCGCAUAAGUUGUAAUAAAUUCGUUACCAUAAUAUUUACAUUGCAUAUUAUUAUUAUGUCAAAAUGUACAAGUUUUUGGUAGGCAAUUCAUAAUACGUCGUAUUGAACAUGUUUAACGGUUAUUUAUUUCAUAAAAUAUGACCAAGUAGUAUAAAAAGGCGGUGUCUAAAUAAUAAUGUUUUUGUUUUCCCUAAAAAAAAUGUUUACUCACGAACACUUUCAUUUGAUUCCUAAAACGUCGUAUUGAACAUGUCUCACGGUUAUAGAUUUCAUAAAAUAUGACCAAGUAGUAUUACAUGGCGGUGUCUAAAUAAUAAUGUUUCUGUUUUCACUAAAAACUUGCAUUUUUACUAACGAAUACUUUCAUUUGAUUUUGAAUUUCUCUCGAUCUUGCAGCUGCAUAUGAUUGUGCUUUCACUAUUUCUAAAACUGAUCAUCAUUGUAAUAAAUGUGUCGAGGAAAUAAAUGAGAUUAAAAGGGAAUGUGAUAUAUAUUUUCAAUGACCA